AUGGCCGCGGCGCAUCAACACUACCACUGGGCUGGAAUCAUAGAAGAGCUCAAGAAUUUAGCUUGCCUGAACUGUAUUUCACAUAAACAAGUAACUUGUUCAUUUCAGGACGGCUACGGAAUAAGAAUAAAGGGUAUAUACCUAAUAUCUUCUUCUAAAACAAUUGAUGCACUUGUAAAAAUUGUGAAGCAGUUUAUUAGUGCUAAAAUUGCUCAAAGGAUCAAUGUUGUAAAAUCGCCAGAAUCAUUACAUGAAGUUUUCCCUAAAUGCUUGCUACCAAAAUACUUAGGGGGGGAGCAGAAAUCUAUGUUGGAACUCUUCGAUGAAAAUAUUGAAGAGCUUUCUUCAGAAAGUCAUAUAUUGCACAUGAUGGAAAUGAGACAUGCAUGUACUGAUGAAAACCUAAGGAGAAAUAAUAAAUGUAAUGAAGAGUACCUUGGAUUACCUGGAUCUUUUAGAAUUUUAAGUGUUGAUUGAUGAAAAUCAAAGUAACAUUGUUAUUAUUUAUUGACUUCAAAUAAGAAGACACUACACUAUUUGCAAUUCAGCAUACUUGUUUCUAUAUAAUUACAUUUUCAAACCAAAAUUCUACUUCAUUAAAAAAUGAGGGAAUCAAAUUUUAGCUCAAUUAAAUUUAUUCAAUAUCAACCUUUAGUAAAAGUUCUUUGUCCUAGAGUUUUUCAGCUAACGAACGUAACGACCACAUAUAAACGAUUCAUCAAACUCAUUAAAGUCGGCCACAGCGCAACUUCCAGAGCCAUAAAAGAAAGAAAUCUCAAGUUUUCACCGAAGAGGAAGAAAUAAGUUUGCUAUGUUUGUCCUAAGUUACAAAAUCAGCGAUAUAAAAUUCUGGCUCGCUAAAUUAAGAAUUUUCAAAGCGUUAACGAUAUUUACUAUUUCAUGCUAUUAUAUAAUUUCUAUUGCUUAGCUUACCUUCAUCUAAAAUAAUUAGAUAUUAUUUGAUAUUAUAUAUAUUCGUUACUUAGUUGCUAAUCGUGGAAACCAGUGUCAUGACAGGUCAUUGACAAAUAUCUUUUUAAUCAACGAGUAUAUCAGGUGUUAUACAGACAGUCGCCUAUUCCGAGGGUGCAUGGAGAUAGAAGAAACAGCCUCUCACGUGGUGCUGGAAUGCAGCAGAGCGGUUUGAUAGGAUUCCUUGAGGAGUCGGACUGGCAGGAUUCGCCUAUAAUAAUAGGUCGGCAAAUAUCACUAAAAACUGGCGCAAUGAACAUUUUAUAAUUACUAAUUAUGUAUGUACACGAAUGUUGAUUUCGAACUUAUAUGUUCUUAAUAAAUAGUGUGGCAAUGAACAACAAAAAUUUACCAAUAUGAAUAGUUUUUCGAUCACAGCAGCUGGUAGGUAGAUAGACU